AUGGAUUUUGGACGUCGACUCCCGCUUAACGUUCUUAAGGAGAGAGCUAGGACUGAACCAGAUCGCCACUGGGUUUAUAUACCGCGGACUUCAGACCCAAAGGAUGGUUGGGACACUCUCACAUUUGCACAUCUUGCAAAGGCCGUCAAUCGCUCUGCAAAUGAGAUUCUCGCCUUUGGUGGUGUGCCACCCCCAGGCGCAUUCCCCACCAUAGCGUACAUCGGCACCAAUGACUCUCGUUAUAUUUCUUUCGCCUUCGGUGCCAUUAAGGCUGGGUAUAAGGCCCUAUUCAUCUCUCCUCGAAACUCGACAGAAGGUCAAGUCCGACUUUUCCAAAACACAGAUUGCCAUUUGAUUGCCCAUUCCCCUGAAUUCCAGGGAGCCGUUGACUUAUGGAAGAAGGAACAUGAUAUGAAAAGUUUCGUGGUCGCCCCUGAGCGAGAUUGGUAUUCCGGCAACGAGUCAACUCAUAUUGAUUAUGAGAAAACCUUCGAAGAAGGUGAAUGGGAACCCUUCGCCGUCCUUCACACUAGCGGAAGUUCUGGCUUCCCGAAACCAAUUAUAUCCAGACAAGGAUGGUUCACCUCUAUUGACGCAUUCUGUAAUGUGCCUCCAAAAAAUGGCGUCCACAUGUGGACCAUAGAAGUGGCUCGCAUAGCAAGCAAAAUGAUUCUCCCGAUGCCGUUUUUCCAUGCGGCCGGGUUGUACCUUGGUACAUACCUGGGCGUAAUGGGUGGAAAGCCAGCUGUACUCCCCAUUCCCUCGAAACCCCUGACAGCCGACUUGGUAGCCGAUUACAUCAAUUAUACCGGUAGCAAUCAUACCUUACUGCCGCCUUCGAUUUUAGAAGAUAUGAGCCACACUCCCGCGCAUGUUGAAGCAUUGAAGAAACUGGAUCUCGUCAUGUUCGGUGGUGGUAAUUUAAACGCUCGAGUGGGAGACAAUCUCGCAAAACAAGGAAUCAAACUUUUGAAUAUGAUAGCCGCGACUGAAAUGCCGUACCCCAUUUACUUCCAGUCAGAUCCGAACUUGUGGCGAUACUUCCAUUUUGAACCGGAGCUAGGCGGGCUGGAUUUCCGCCCAACCUCCACAGAUAAAGAUACCUACCAGCUUUUCGUCAAUCGCAGGGAGAAGUACCCAGGUAUCCAAGGGGUCUUUUACACUUUCCCAGAAAUCGAGGAGUACGAUACGAAAGAUUUAUUCCGUCCGCAUCCCGAAUUAAAGGAUCACUGGGUGUAUGCAGGACGAGCCGAUACCGUCAUAGUCUUCUCCAACGGUGAGAAGCUCAAUCCCCUUAGCAUCGAGGAAAACGUGAGUGAGCAUCUCGCCCUCAAAGGUGUUCUAGUCGUUGGACAAGAUCGCUUCCAGCCUGCGAUUAUUCUUGAGCCUGUGGCUCAGCCAAAGACCGAUUUGGAAAGAGAAGAAUUGAUUGAGAGCGUGUGGCCUCUGAUUGAAGAGGCAAACAAGGAAACUGUAGCCCAUGGGCGCAUAGAACGCGGUUUUGCCAUGAUAUCAAACCCAGAGAAGCCGUUCUUACGCGCAGGCAAAGGUACCAUCCAGCGAAUCCUCACUGCCGAUCUCUACAAGGAAGAGACGGAUGAAUUAUAUGCCAAAGCAGAAAAGGCUCAAGAAGCCAAUGCACCCAACUUGGAUGUUAGUUCAGAGGCAAGCCUCCUAGAGUCUCUGCAGCAGCUUUUUACUACAAGACUCGAAGUCCCGGAGUUGAGCCCUGAGACAGAUAUCUUCAGCGUCGGCGUCGACUCCCUACAAGUAAUCAACGCUACUCGCUUGAUAAAUGCCGGGUUAAAGGCAUCUGGGGUCGACUUAGGCCCUUCCACCCUAGCGCCUCGCGCCAUUUACUCUAACCCGACGUACAAAGGUCUCGCUGCGUAUCUCUAUGAUCUAAUCCAGACUGGAGGGGCACAAGAGGUGGAUGACUUCGAGCAAGCUGAAAAAGAGAUGAAAGCGCUGAUCGAAAAGUAUACGAAAGAUUUACCACCCGCAAACACAAACAAGCCACCUCCACUUGACGAGGGCCAGACUGUUGUGGUUACAGGUACCACAGGAGGCCUAGGUUCCUAUCUAUUGCAUUUGUUGAUUGCUAGGGAAAAUGUCAAGAAGGUUAUUUGCCUGAAUCGCUCCAAGGACGCUGUAUCACGUCAAAUCCAGAGCUUCAAUGAGCGUGGACUCAACGCGGACUUCAGCAAGGUCGAGUUCCUCCAUGCGGAUUUAUCGCAGCCUGACUUUGGACUUGGACGGGAUGUCUACGGUAAACUUCUAGCCUCCGUCGACCGAAUUAUUCACAAUGGCUGGCCGGUCAAUUUCAACAUUGCCCUCUCGACCUUUGAACCGCACAUCCGCGGAGUGCGCAACUUCGUUGACUUCAGCACUAAGGCGGUUAAGCGAGUCCCAAUCAUAUUCAUCUCCAGUAUCGGAACCGCGGAUAAUUGGCAAGGCGAAGUGCCGGAAGCCGCAAUCACCGACUUUACCGCGGCCGCAGGAAACUAUGGACGUUCCAAGCAAGUUAGUAGUCUGAUACUAGAUGAAGCGGGAAGGGUUUCCGGUGUCCCCGCGGCUAGUAUCCGUGUUGGCCAGAUCGCUGGGUCAAGAUACGAAAAGGGGCUUUGGAAUAAGCAAGAGUGGCUGCCCUCCAUUAUUGCCUCUUCUGUGUACCUAGGGGUUCUCCCUGGCAACAUAGGCCAACUUAAUACAGUGGACUGGAUGGCCAUUGAAGACGUCGCGAAUCUAGUCCUCGACGUAUCAGGAGUCGGGGAGCGUCUGCCGGUUGAUAAAAUAUCCGGCUACUUCCACUCCGUCAAUCCCGAGACAACUAGCUGGCAGGACAUGGUCCAGGUCGUGAAAAACUUCUACGGAGAUCGGAUCAAGAAGAUCGUAGACUUUAAGGAAUGGAUUGAGAUCCUAAAGGCUAGUCAGGAGACCACGGAGGACAUAACCAAGAAUCCUGGAAUCAAGCUCAUCGAUUCGUAUGAGGGCUUUCUCAAAGGGGCUCAAAUGCAAUUUGCGAUGGAGAGAACCAAGUCCUACAGCAGCACGGCUAAGAACCUUAAGGCCGUAACACCGGAGAUGAUGCGCCACUGGUGCAAGCAAUGGAACUUCUAAGACAUUUUGCGGGGUACUAGCUAACAUAGUGUUAGCUAAAGCGGACGACUUCUUGGAUAUUUGUGGCGUUAGGCCCGGACUUCUAAGGUACGGUAGAUAGACAUGCAGAUAGUCAUAGGAAAUAGUUUAGA